AUGUUGUUGCAGAGAGGUGAUGAGAUUUCUUCUGCUCUCUUGGAAGCAAUUGAGGACUCAAAGCUUUCUGUCAUUGUAUUCUCGGAAAAUUAUGCAUCUUCUAGUUGGUGUUUGGAUGAACUGGUUCAUAUUCUAAGGUAUAAAAAAAGAGAUAAGCAGAUUGUAGUGCCAAUAUUUUAUCAUGUGAACCCAUGUCAUGUUAGAAAACAAACUGGGAGUUUUGGAGUUGUCUUUCGUGAACUUGAACAACGCUUUAAGAGCAACUCUGAUGGAUUGACUCAAUGGAGGACCGUUUUGAUAUCUACAAUAAGUAAAAUGAUAGGAUACGUCGAUGGUUCAGUUGAAGAACGCUGCAGGAGUCAUGAGUCUGAUAGAUUGAGUCAAUGGAGGACUGCUUUAACAUCUGCAGCUAAUCUUUCUGGCUGGGAUGCACCCCCAACAGGGUGUGAUGAAUCUGAAUUAAUUGAUAAAAUUGUUAAUGACAUUUUGAAGAAAUUGAAUUUUGUGUCAUCAAGUAUUGAAGUUUUGAAUGAUCUAGUUGGCAUGGAGAGACGAAUUGAAAAUCUUGAAUCAUUGUUUCAGACCAAGUCAUCGUUAGAUGCCCAAAUUGUAGGAAUUUUGGCAAUGGAUGGCAUGGGCAAGACAACUCUAGCACAUGCCCUAUUUACUCGAAUUUACAAUAGGUUCGAAGGUCAUUGCUUUCUUGAAAAUGCCAGGGAAGAAUGGAAACAUAAUAGGCUCAAAUUAAGGGAAACGCUUUAUGCUGAGUUAUUGGAGGAACGCCAUCAAGAUAUAGUCAACAUGUUUGCGAAGGAAAGACUUUCUCGUAAAAAGGUACUCAUUGUUCUUGAUGAUCUAUCUGAUGUAGAGCAAUUUGAGUAUUUAGUUGGAGAUCGUAAUUGGUUAAGGCAUGGAAGUAGAGUAAUUAUAACAACUAGAAAUAAGCAAAUGCUUAAUAAUAUUGGGGUUGAUUGGAUCUACAUGGCAGAGCAACUAGAUGAUGAUGAAGCUCUUCAACUCUUUAGUUUGAAAGCAUUCCAAAGAGAUUCUCCACCAAAGAAAUACAUGGACUUGUCGAAAGAAGUAGUGAAUUAUGCCGCAGGCAUGCCCUUGGCUCUAAAAGUUUUAGGUUCUCACUUGAAUUCAAAGAGCGAAGAAGAGUGGAAAAGUGCAUUAGUCAAGUUAAAACAGUUUCUUGAUGGAAAGAUUCAGGGUAUAUUGAAAAUGAGUUAUGAUGGACUUGAUUAUCAUGAGCGAGAUGCGUUUCUUGACAUUGCCUGUUUUUUUAAAGGAAAUAGAAUAGCGUUUGUGGAAGAAAUUUUGGGUGGUUGUGGAUUUAAGGAUACCAUAAGAAAUCUCAUUAAUAACUCUCUCAUUAGUAUCACACAUGAGAAUAAGGUAUGGAUGCAUAAUUUGGUGCAACAAAUGGGGUGGGAAAUUGUUCGUCAAAAAAAUCCUAAAAAGCUUGGAAAGCGCAGUAGGUUGUGGAUUACCAAUGAAGUAUGUCAUGUUUUGCUACGUGAUUUAGGUACUUCAUCAAUUGAAGGAUUAUCACUUAACACAUCUCACAUGAAGUAUGAUAUGGACAUAAAACCUACCGCUUUCAAUAAGAUGUACAAUCUAAGAUUGCUUAGAAUUAGUGUAUGCAUGGGGAACUACAAAUUAAGUGUUUCUGGAGGUCUUGAUUUUCUUCCAGAUGCGCUUAGAUAUCUCGAGUGGGCUCAGUAUCCAUUGAAAUCCUUGCCAUCAAGUUUCAUUCCACAUAAUCUUGUAAACCUCGAUAUGCCCCUAGGCCAGUUUGAGCAUCUUUGGAAUGGACUACAGCAUGUGGAGAGCUUACAGUAUGUGAGUCUUUGUUUCUCAAAGAAGCUAUCUAAUAUACCAAAUUUGAGCAGGGCUAAUCUUAAGUGUGCAGAUUUUGAAGGUUGUACAAGUUUGGUUGAGAGCAAAAGAGAAGACUUGUUAAGAUAUGGGCCAUUGCAGGGUCUCAAAGUCCACGACUACUCUUUGAAUCUUAAUGGAUGUUCUAAUUUCAAAACUCUUUCCCAUUUGUCUGGAGGUAUUGAAUAUAUAUAUUUACGCUCGACUGAAACAGAAGAACUUCACCAUUCAAUUUGGAGUCUUGGACAUCUAGCUUUAUUGGAUCUCAACAAUUGUAAAAACCUCAAGAACCUACCAGAAGACAUUUGUAACUUGGAGUGCAUGAAGGAGCUAAACCUAGGUGGCUGCGUGUGUAUCAACAUGUUUCCAAAGCUUCCGAGGAACAUAGUGAGAGUAGAUUUGAGUGGAACAGCAAUAGAACAAGUCCCAUCAUCAUCAUUCGAUUACUGUACAAGUCUUGAGGUUUUGUGUCUGAAAGAUUGCACAAGGCUUGAAUAUGUUUCAACAGCUAUUAGCAAGUUAAAAUUGCUCAAUCAUCUUGACCUUUCUUAUUGCUCCAAACUAAAGUGCUUCCCAAACAUCACGGAGCCUAUGGAACAUUUGGUGCAUCUUCAUUUGGAUGGCUCGGGGAUUGAGGAGAUACAAUACUGGUCGAUUAGAACUUUUAUUGGGCUUCGCAUGCUAAAUUUGAGCUAA